AUGGAUACCAGGAGGUUCAUGCAACUGGUUGAGGAGAAGAAGAAAAGAGCUUUGGAGAAGAAAGAAGCCCCUUUGAAAUGGGAGCAGAAACUAGAAGCUGCUGCCAAGGCAAAAGCUGAUGCUGAAGCCAAAGAGAGGAAGCUGAAAUCUUCAAAACAUAAGAGAAGAUCUGUGUCAGUUUCUGAUAAUGAUAGUGACACUGACAGCAGUGAUGGUAGAAGAAAGUCAAGUAAAAGAACUCACAAAAAGCACAAGAAGCACGCUCACUCUGAUACAAGUGACAGUGAGAAGAGGAAGGAGAAGAAAUCCAAGAGAAAGCCAAAGAGACAUUCUUCAAGCUCAAGUGAUGAAGGCAGUGAUGAAUAUGAGAGUGAUUACGAAGGAAAUAGGAAGAGGAAGAAGCGAAACCACAAAAGGCACAGACAUCAUGAUUCUAGAUCAGACUCCGGUGCUUCCAAUUCUUCCAGUGAUGGUGAUAUUGAGACAGUCAAGAGAAGUCAUUCGAAGCACCACAGGCGCCAUCAGAGGUCAGAUUCAGAUUCUUCUGGUUCUUACAGUGAUGAGGAUGAGAGAAGAAUCCGAAGGGGUCAUUCUAAGCACCACAAACGCCACCGACAGUUGAGAUCCCUUUCUCCUGAUUCUUCUAGUUAUGAGGAUGGUGAUGUUAGAAGGAAAAGGCACGCAAAACACCGUAAACGUCAUAGGCGAUCAAGAUCACAUAGUGUUGAUUCUAGGUCAGCAGACUCUGAUUCCCACUUACACGACAGAAGGAGCAGAUCUUUAGGAAAGUCAUCAGAUGACAACCAUGACGAAGCAGGUAAACAGUUGAGGCACAAGAGAAGUGCCCACCAUUACCAUCAUCACCACAAACAUCGUCACCAUCACUUAGAUGAGGACAGAGAUCCUGAGCCCAAUGGAAAGCACAUGGAAGAUGCUAAAGGAAAUGCAACUGGUAACAACUACAACGAUGCCCAUGAGGAUAAAACUAGUAGGCUUAUCUUUUAA